GCGAUCGCCGCAAAAUCCGUCAGAGCAUCACCCUACGACGCGCCCAGCUCCGAUCCCCCCUGGCUUGGUUUACUGAAAUCAACCAAACGGCUUCCACAAACUCUAUCUAUAUUCACUACUCACGCUACUGAGAUUCAUAGACAGAUAGAUAGAUGGGCAUGGGCAGCAGAGUCUUGGCAUUGCUCGCCGUCCUGGCGGCGACAACGACGUCCUUCGCGCCGGCGCAGGGCUGGAACUACGGGACGGCGACGUUCUACGGCGGCCGCGACGGCUCCGGCACGAUGGGCGGCGCGUGCGGGUACGGCAACCUGUACCAGGCCGGGUACGGGACGAACACGGCGGCGCUGAGCUCGGUGCUGUUCAACGACGGCGCGGCGUGCGGGCAGUGCUACCUGGUCAUGUGCGACGGCAACGCGUCGCCCUCGUGCAGGCCGGGCGCCGCGGUGACCGUGACGGCCACCAACUUCUGCCCGCCCAACUGGGCGCAGCCCAGCAACAGCGGCGGCUGGUGCAACCCGCCGCGGCCGCACUUCGACAUGGCGCAGCCCGCGUGGGAGCGCAUCGGCGUCUACGGCGCCGGCAUCAUCCCCGUCCGCUACCAGCAGGUGACGUGCUGGCGGCAGGGAGGGAUGCGGAUCACCAUCGGCGGCUCCAGUUUCUUCCAGCUGGUGCAGUUCUCCAACGUGGCCGGCAGCGGCUCCAUCCGGUCCGUGUCGGUGAAGGGCGCCAAGACGGGGUGGGUCGCGCUCAACCGCAACUGGGGCGCCAACUGGCAGUGCAACUCGGCGCUCUUCGGCCAGGCGCUCUCCUUCUCCGUCACCUCCACCGGCGGCCAGACCAUCUACAUGACCGACGUCGUGCCGGCGUGGUGGCAGAUCGGCAUGGUCUUCACGAGCAACUAUAAUUUCUACUACUGAUCAUCUCUACUGCCUAAGCUAGGUCUAGUACCGACGAGCUGGGAAAUUUGUUCCUUGGACUACCUUGUACAUUAAUUUGCUAUCAUGAUUUUUUUUUGAAAAUGUAUUAACCAUCAAUUUCGGACUUCAUCAUCUGAGGCUAGUCAACGGAAAAAGGUUUGACAUACGUCCUGUAAAAAAAUAGUUAACAUGAACUUGAGGAUCUGCUGCAGUCCAGGAAAGUUCACUCGGUCUAAAUAUUGUGGCCGAGUAAUAAUAAUAAAGACAACCAACCAUUGUCUAUCCAGUUUCA